AUGCCAAAUGAAACACAAGCACCAAAAGGUCAUAGAAAAAGUAGUAGUGAGUGUAACAUUAGUUAUAACAAAGCAAAUCAGCCAGUUAAAUCUGCUAUAAGUAAUAUGAUUAAAGCUAAAGCAG